AUGGCAGACACAAAGAAACAGCAAGAAUACACAGGGAAACUGGGCAGACACAAACCAGGUUGCAAUGUUGAAAAUGCCUGUUACAACCUGGGAAUCUGUGCAGAGAGAACCGCCAUCUCAAAAGCUGUAUCCGAAGGCUUUAGAGAUUUCAAAGCCAUAGCAAUAGCCAGCGAUUUGCGCGAACAGUUCAUCUCGCCCUGUGGUGGCUGCAGGCAAUUCAUGAGAGAGUUUGGGGCCAGCUGGGACGUGUACCUGUCCAAGCCGGACGGCUCCUACAUGGAGAUGACUGUGGAAGAGCUGCUGCCGGAGUCAUUUGGCCCAGAGGACCUGAAGAUGAAGAGGGUGCAUUCCAUUCCUAAGGAUGUCGAACCAGCUACAAAAUGAAUGUGGAUGAACAAACAACUAGAAAAGAACAGCACAGGCUUUGGAAGAGAUUAUCAAAGUCAAAUAAAAACAUUGUUGCCUGUGUCUUCAAUGAAAAAUUCUUUACUAGUGGCUGGACUUGCAUACCUCUGUACCACUACUGCUUCUGUGAUGCUGAAGACAGGAUGUGGAAAUGUGCAUUAUAAAUCCUGUUUGGCUUAGUGUAUUUCACAAGAAGUAAAUAUACAAAUUAAUAUUUACAUUUCUACUACCAUUUAAGAGAGAAAUCAGUUGUGUUUUGAAUAAACUGGAUACCAACCAAA